AUGAUGAAAGCAGGGACUGGGUGUGCUAUUUGUAAAGAUGGAUUUUACAGAAAAGAUGUUGAUUGUCAAGAAUGUAUAAAGAAUUGUACUAAAUGUUUAGAUGGAAAUAGUUGUAUUUCAUGUGAAGACAAUUUCUUUUUGUAUAAUGGAAGACAAUGUAUUUCAUAUGAUAUGUUAACUUCAUGUAAAACUAAAACUCCAAAUGGAUGUACUUUAUGUGAAGAUGGGUAUGUUCUUAAAACACCUUAUUGUCAAUCUUGUCUAGAAGUAACUGAACAUUGUACAUCAUGUUCAACAAUUUCUUGUUAUUCAUGUGAAGAAAAUUAUGUAUUAAUAGGAGAUAAAUGUGUACAUUACAGAGCCAUUGAACACUGCUCUAAAUCUACUGACUCAAAAUGUAGUAAAUGUGAUUUUUGGUAUAGUGUUUCAACAAGUGGAACAUAUUGCCAGAAACAACCAGUAGUAUGGUUUAUAGUAUUAAUAUGCAUAUUAGGAAGUAUUAUAGUUAUUUUGAUUAUUGCAGGUGUUGUUGUAUUGUCCUGGUAUUUUAUUAAGAAAACUAAUCAAAAUAAAAGGCCAGAUAACGUUCAUUAUUUCUUUAUGAAAGAUUCAGAUAUAAUUUUUGAACCAUUAACAGGAAGAAGUUAUGUUGUUACUGAUAAAAAAGAACUCCAUUUUGAUAAAAAUAAAGAUGAGCUCAUGAUUCCAGUUGGAGAAGAAAGUACUGAUACUAUAAAUGUUGGUAAUGGUGGAAAAUCAAAGUUAAAAGUACAGUUUACUGUGAAAGAAGAUGAUAUGGCGAAGUUUCAAGUUAGAAUUGAGCCAGAGAUGGCCAUAUUAACAAAAGGAGAAGGGUGUGAAUUUAAAAUAUCAAUUAAACCAGUUUGUACGUGCAAAAUUUCAGAGAGUAUUCAAUUAGUUUCUUUAGACUUCAAACAAGGAGUUAUAGUUAAUGAAGACGUGCUACUUAUUACAGAAACACAAAUGUCAACACGACUUGACUAUGAUGAAUUGAUUAUGGAAAAGCAAAUUGGGGAAGGGUCAUUUGGAACUGUUUAUAAAGGGAUGUUUAGAGGAAAUUCUGUUGCUAUUAAAGUAAUGAAAAUUCCAGAUGAUGAUGAACAAAUGGAAGAAUUUGAGAAAGAAGUACGUAUGUUAGAUAAAUUUAGAUCAGAAUAUAUUGUACAUUUUUAUGGGGCUGUAUUUAUUCCAACAAAGAUAUGUAUGGUGACUGAAUUUGCAAAAUUUGGAUCAUUAAUGGGCAUGAUAAAUAAGAAAAAGAAAUAG